AUGACUGAUGUCGACACUCGGGUGGAAAGGCUAAAGGGUAGAAUCAAAAGAAAACGCGAUGACGUGCAUCGAUACUUGGAAGCUGCCUUUUACCAUCAGUGCCGUAAUGUCCUCAACGCUGUAAUAAAGCAUGACGUGAAUGGUGUAUUCGCCACGAACCCCGCCGAGCUGCCGGAAUACGCAGUGCGGGUUUCUCACCCGAUGUGGUGGAAAUUAAUCUCUAAGCGGCUUGAUAAAUACGACUACGCCGACAAGAUGGAAUUUGUGCACGACAUGAGGCUCGUCGUAGAAAACUGCUACGCCUACAAUGGUAGCGCGUCCCCUGUGUCAGCACUGGGUUGUCGACUGGAGGUGGAAAUGGAGGACCUGUUCCUGACAGAGCUCGCAGUCGCACCGCCCGAUGUGCGUGAGAUUCUUAGACUCGGCAAGGGCCUAAACCACGCGCAGGCGCGGCAGCUGUGGCUUCUUAUCAACCGCUACGAGGACCAGGGACAGGGGAACGCAGCAGCGCGGCAACACAUUGCCCCGUCGCAACUGAAGUGCGCGACACAGCGCCGCGUGCUCGCGUUUCUGCGCCGUGCAGUGGGUACGAACGAACAUAAUGGCCGUGCCGAGAGAGCACCUCCUGUCCAGCAGCCGCAGCAGCAGCAGCAGCAGCGACCUCCACGUGCCGCAAAGCCUCAGGCGCCGCAGUACCCAACGCGAAGCAUUCUUGAAGCCGAUGCGGAUGUAGAGUUCAGCUCGGACCAGAAGGCUGAGCAAAAUAUUCCGCCAGAGCCGCAGCUGGAUCGAGUGCCGCAAAACCAACGGGCAGGGCUUUCGGCAUUCAAACCAGUCAGCCCUAUUCACCUUGGCGAAAGCUCAGAGGAGGAGGAGUUGGAGGAUCUAGAAGACUCUGAGACAGUGGAGAAAAUUUGA